AUGAAUCCAACAAAUAGUACUCGAAGCACUCAAAUUUUAACCGAAAAAAUUGAACUUGACAACAAAUUAGAUCCUCAUAUUUCGAUUGAAGAUCAAAUUGCUAGUCGUUUUAAAAAUCAUAAAGUAUAUACUGUAUCCUCCAAAUACGAUGAUUCUAAAAAAACUGUCAUUGAAACUACCUCUUGUCCAAAUGGAUUUGCCGCCGCUAUUCUUCAUGCUUAUAAUUAUCAUAAACAUUUACGUUUAAAUCCUGAUGAUGUUUGGCUUACAAUUUCUCAAGGUGUUAGUCAUCAUAUUAAUUUUAAUCCUGAGAAAUUUCGUGAUAGAUUCGUUCAACAUGAAGGACAAAAAGAUAUUCUAGUUCAAGCCGCUGAUAUUCUAUCUAAUAAUUACGAAGGUGAUUGGCCUGAAGUUGUAAAUAGACUUGUUACGAAAACUGAUAGUUAUGUCGAAAAAAUCGAUUUAAAGGGUUUGUUGGAAUGUAAUUUUUCGACAACUACCCCAACCGCCUUAACUGCAAGUCGUAUUGUAUUAUUAGAUACUGUUAAGGCUUAUUUUAGAUAUUUAGUUUCUACUCUUUGUGGUAUUCCAAAAGUUACUCUCGAAGGAACCCUUGAAGAUUGGAUGAAACUUCAAGAAAAGGUUACUCAUUUAAGAAAAUUAAAUUUGGAAUUAGAUUUUUGGUUAGAUCGUCUUGAACCUGUCAUUUGGAAUUUAAUUGCUACUUAUCGUGGUGAAAUUGAUCACGAUUUUUGGGGUAAAAUUGUAAAGAUAGACAAAGUAUUUGGUUCUGGCGGUGGUACUUUUGUCACUGGAUGGUUAAUGAAUUUCUUUCCUUAUGAUCGAGCAGGAAGACCUUUAACAUCUGAUAGUUCAACAAAAAUUCAACAUAUUCCAGAUGGCAUUGUCGGUGUUCCUUUUCUUUUGGAUGGGUUAAAAUUAAAAUUCAUAGCUGGAUUUAUUGGUGCUAAUCAAGAAAUUCUUGAAGGUUCUGAUGAUGAAUCUGUUGUUUCUCCCGUGAUUGGAUGGUCCAUUAUUGAUAAUCCAAAUGAUUCUGAAUCUGAUGAUUAA